CAUUUAUGUUCAAAUAUCUCUAAUUAAUCAUGUCAGGUGCCAAAAUAUUUUUUAGUAUUUUAAUUACUUUAUAAAUAUAUGUAGGUGUACUUUGGUUUCUCCACCGUUGUUAUGCUCAUUACUGUUUAUGAUGAACAGGAGUUUCUGGCCGGCAGCAGAGAGCAACCAUUAGGGGAAAGCAUCUUGGCUAAGGGAGAGAUAACACCGGCUAUUCUUGUAUUUAAUAUUCUCUUUCUGGUUUGCUCGUUCUUCAUCGUCAUGUCGUCGCUCUUAACGUUCGUGGGGCUGAAGCAGAAUCGUCGUCAGCUGCUGUUACCCUGGAUUGUUUUCAUGCUUUGCGAUAUCCUGAUUGAAAUUGUUCACUUGGGAUAUUUAUCAUUUACGCAAAUCGUCAACUUCGAUCCCGUCGUCGGCUUUAUAUUCACCAUCGACUUUUUUGUAAUGUGUCUAAAUUCUUACUGUCUGCUGUGCGUGAUAUCGCAAUAUCAAAAUUACCUGCAAGGACUGGGCUGCGGGAAUCAACAGAUACGGGUAAGGAGAACAAUUUUCUACUGGUCAGAUUUCUGA